UUAGGAUUAUAUCAAAACCGCCGAGAGAGUCAACAUUCUCAAUUCUGAGCAGACAUGCUUGGACACAUGUACCUUUGCAAGAGAUCUGUACACUCGCUUGGACCAAUUCAACAGAGGUCUGUUGACACCACACUGUCCACGACCUGAGAGUUGGCCGCCGGUAUGCGGACCGCAUUGCCGUACAGAUGCAGACUGUCUGUCGAAGGGUUUGCACAAAUGCUGUCCAACUACCGUAUGUGCGGCCCCGUCAAACGCACCCGCUAACAACAGCUGGACACAAAUCUGCACGCCCGGAAUACUCACAUCUAGUGGAGUGCCAUUUGUUCCUGCUCGCCCAAGUGUGAAACAACUUGAUAGUGUGAUAGCGAACACAUCCAGUUCCCAUCCGACUCAAGAAACACACCAGCUGGAGUUAGACUGGCUUAAUUACUACAACAUCACCCAUGCCAAACCUAACGGAUGGGGUCCAAAUCUGUAUCCCGCGGUGUUUCUCAUUCAGUUGAGAUUGUUUCACGACCCCUCGGCAUCGAUCACUUUUGAAGACCCAAACCACCCUGAUGCAAGAGGUUCAAAUGUAAUAGAUCCUACACUAUUUGCCGACCGUCUGUUUGAUGAGUGGCGAAGUUUAGUUUGGACAACAAAACUUGGAGCAGUAUUAUCCGAUCUUCGUCCGGGCACUUGGUAUCAGUUUCGGUUGUUGGCGAUAUCCAGUGCUGGCCACGGAGGCUGGGGCGAACCCAGUAGGCCCAUCAAAAUAUUGACUAGGCCAAUACCUCCAUCAAGUCCGAGAAAUCUGACGGAAGCCCGCUCCAGAAUAUCUGAAAGCGUCGUCGAUGUCACAAUUCAGUGGCAACCCCCAUUGGCAGGAAAUCUUCCUCUUAAGAAGUACCAGAUUACAUGGCGUCGAUAUUAUGGAUUCAAUGGUGGCGAUCGUGGAUCGUUCACGGAAUACGAAGCUAAUGUUCCUGGGGACAAAACAGUUUACCAAAUAGAGAACCUGGAACCCGCAACAUCCUACAAAAUCGAGGUCAAGGCGGUGUCCGUCUUCGAAGGAAAGGAACUGCCCAGCCAUCCUGUCAGUUUGUACAUUACAACUCUACCAAUACCAGAUCGAACGGUGGCACGAGAUAACAUACAGCUACUGUCACCCAAUGAAACCUGCCGCUGUGAUCUGUCACCGUUUCAGCCAAUAAAGAUUGGAGAGGCGUUUUACGAAGAAAAACAGCUGAAGGCACUUCUUACGCUGAGAGCGGAAAACGGACAAAUCCAGAGAAACAAACAAUAUACAGUAGAGUGGGGACCGAGGGUGUGUAUUGAAACCCGAUAUUCACAAGGACAACCAGCUUAUCUGAAUCACAAAAAGAUUACUUACGGCAAUGAAGUCGUGCAGCUUGAACUCACACACCUACUUUUUCAGUGCCACUAUAAGGUCACUGUGUCAGAAUACAGUACAAAACAACCAACUACACAGCAGAGACCCCGCUUUUGGCAAGCGUGCUUCUGCACCCCGCCCUGUCAUACCGUUACGGUACGCACGGGACCAGCACCGUUCAACUGUACCAACACAGCCUCUUUCGGAAGCAUCGAGCCUAUGAAGCUUACAUACAAGCUACUUGAUCCCAAAGAUCCCAUACCAAAAGCCAACGACUUUUACAUUCUGCAAAUGGAACAAACAGGUCUUGAACUGGCCCCAAGGUUAACGAGUGCCUCAAGUACUCAUUACGAUGCUAUGGUUAAUUGGAAGCUGUCGGGUGAGAGCACGCAUAAUGCGUUUGAAAAACCAAGGCGGUUUCGUGCGCUUCCGAACCACCGGGAACAGAACACGGAUCCAGGCGUUCGAGGAAUCCGAGUCACAUGGGGUCCACGUGUUUACGAGCCGGUAGCAGAGGAAUCAUACCACAAUGGCCUGAAACCGUAUUUGGAUCCAGAGCGCGCGCAAUCCAAAGUUGUUGAUCCCAAACAUUCCAGCCUUAUCCUACGCCGACUCCAGCCAAACACCCUGUACAUAGUCCAUGUCCAGCCGAUCAGCGAAGAUACCGACGGACCAGUAUCAACCAUCUUCUUCUCUAUUCCAAAACAUUCGCAGCCCCAGGUACAAAGUGUGUCAACGAGAUGCAAGUGCUCAAACCGCUGGGUUCUUCUUUGUCAGCUGUUCGUCAUUCUAUUGCGCGUAGCCAUCGUACGAUGACUGGCGUGCGAGAUGGCCUAUUCCGGUCAUUUACAUCGAAACACUUCCGAUAAGCUCAGGAAUCCCUGCCUUCCUAUUCCGUCCCACAAUGCUGCGGACAGGCUACGAAACAAGGCUACAAACUGCCAAACAUUGCAUUUCUUUGAAACAAGAACAAUGUCCAGACAUUUAUAAGGCGAGUCCAAUCAUGUAAAUUUAAAAACUGAUUACCGAUCGAUCCCGAAGGGUCAUCAUCCUCAUGUGAUAUUCUGUGAAAAGUCACUCUGUC